UUUUAUCAAUUAAUUGUGUUUUCAGUUUUCAAAGUGUUUUUGUUGUAAAAUGUUGUUUAAGUUAACUAUGUAAAAAUAAAAUUUAAUACAUUUUUAAGAACUUAAGGAUCUUUUAGAGGGGAAGAUGAAUAUUACACUGACUAGCUUAGAAGCUUUAAUUUUAAAAGCAACACAUGAAUCUCUUCCGCAACCUGACACUCCGGCCUUAGAGGCAUUUUGCGCAAUUAUGCGUGAAGCAGCUGAUGGCCAUCAUUUAGCGGCACAGGCUUUAGCUUCUCGUAUUCACGUACAAAAUGCGCGUGAAGCUCUAUUAGCCCUAUCUAUGUUAGAUCGUCUUAUGCGUAAAGGCGACACAAACUUUCAAGCUGAAAUUGGAAAGUUUCGGUUUUUGAAUGAAAUGAUCAAACUAGUUUCGCCUAAAUAUUUAGCUGAAAGAACUGCUCCUGAAGUUAGGACUAGGGUUUUACAAUUACUGCAUGCCUGGUCUAUUGAAUAUCCAAAAGAGACCAAAUUUAAGGUGGCCUUCGACAUGCUUAAAAACCAAGGUGUGAUUAAGGAGACUCCACCUCCACUGCCACCUGAGGAUGUAUCUACAGCUCGACCGAGAAUUAAAAGUGCAAUUUUUGAAGAUGAUGAAAAAUCAAAGCUGCUCCAAAAAUUACUUCAAAGCAAGAAACCAGAAGAUCUACAGCAUGCCAACAGAUUAAUCAAGACUAUGGUCAAAGAGGAGGAAAAGAGAAAUGAAGCCAACAGUCGGAGGGCAUUAGAAGUGAAUGCAGCUCUAGACAGUGCAGGGGUAUUAGCUGACAUGUUGGAUCAUGCUGCUGAAGCUUCUCCCGAUGAAGAACAACUCAUCCAUGAACUGCAUUCCAGCUGCACAAGACUGCGAGUUGUGUUACAACAUUUAGCAGCUUCUGACACCCAAGUUGAGAACCUUAGCGACAUCCUUCAUGCAAGUGAUGUUUUAGAUGAAGUUUUUGAUAAGUAUAAAAAGUACACAGUUAACAAAAAUAGCAACAAACCCAUACCAAGCCAAAAUUAUGAUAGUCUUUUAGACUUUGCAGGAGGUUGUACUAAAAACACAGUUACAAAACAUGAAAACAGAGCUAUAGAUGAUUUAGGUGAUAUAUUUUUAAAUGAAAGCAGUUCAAAUAAUCCAAAAGUGGAACUCCUUACACCUGUCAGUUUAAUACAAAAUAAUUCUAUCAAUUUAGAAGAAAAACCUAAGAAGGCUGAGGGCUGGAAUGAACUAGACACACUCGGAGAGCAAUUAUUAAAGCAAUCAUUACCAGAAAAUGCAAAACGAGUUGAGAAUUUUAACCAAAAAUUAAAUAAAAAAAUACCAAUGAAUGCAUUGGAAAAGUCAUCACCCAAGGAAGAUAAUCAAAUGAAUGAACAACUACUGGAUCUUGAUUUUUUCACCAAAAAACUGGACAACACAAAUUUAUCACCCGCUCAACAAUCAACUUCCAUCAGCCCAAACGACGAUCUCAUGGUGGAUAUAACCGAAACAAUAAACAAUAAUAUUCAUACAAAUGUAGAAAAAAUACUAGACCUGGCUCCCAUUGUGAACAAUACAAGCGAGUUAAGUAAAGAAACUGUCGAACAGAAGGUAAAAUCCUUAGCAGAUAUAAAUGUGACUUUGCAAAGUGUCCAUCCUAGUAAAGUGGCUCCAUUAACAGUAUUUGAAGAUGAGGGUGUGACAGUAGUUCUACAUUUUUGUAAAGAUAAACCAAGACCUGAUGUUAAUGUCUUUGUGGUGUCUACUAGGAGUAAGCAUGAGUCCGCCAUUGAGGAUUAUAAAUUUCAAGCAGUGGUACCCAAGGGUUGCAAAGUCCGUCUUCUCACAUCUUCUAGCACCUCUUUGCCAGCCUUUAACCCGUUUUUGCCGCCACCCGCCCUAACCCAGGUGCUACUCAUCGGACGCCCUCCCAACAUCUCUGAUAUUUCACUUAAAUUCGUUCUCACAUACACAUGUGAUAACGAAAUGUACUCAGAAAUGGGAGAAGUUAAAUCAUUGCCACUUGAUGUUUAAAUUUUAAAUCUGUGGAAAACCAAAAGCAGUAGAGCUACGAAAAGUAUAGCUGUCUCUUUUGCUCGUAUUCUUUUGCAACAAUUUCGGCCUGUUUUCCUAAAUUUGCCUUUAUUAAAUAAAAUCUUAAGUUUGUAUAAGUAAUAAUUGUAUUAAACCACUUGAGAAAUGUUAAGUUAUAUCAAUGCUUUGGUUAUAUUUCUGUCAAAUGUCGGCAAAAGUAAUUAUUUGGAGAUGGAAGGCAAAUUGUAUAAUAAUUAUAAAGAUAUAAAAAUAGACACAUUAUUGUCCGGUCACACUGACUUAUAGUAAAUAAUAUUAAAGACAAAAUGUAAUUAAAGCACGGGUCGCAUAGUUUCCAUACAGCGGUGCUUUUUAAUUGCUAUAUUAUAAUUUUUAUUUAUAAAGAAUCUAGUCGAAAUUUUUUUGCAUUUAACAUUCCAUGACGAACUGAUUAAUACUUAAGUUUUGUACUUAUUUUGAAAUAUUAUAAAAUACAUAUUUUCUAUUCGACAAAAUCCUAUUACGUAUUGACGCUGUUAAAACAGAUGCAUUUAUUAUGUACAAAGGUAUGUAUUGCUGUGCAAUAGACUCAAGAAUUAUUGUAUUUAGUUUGUAAGGUGUUGAAAUAAAUAUUAUUGUCUGCUUG